GAAGAGGAGGAAGAGGAUAUUUCUCUACAAGUUAAAGAAGAAGAGGAAGAUCACACUUUCAUGGUCAAAGUAGAGGAAGAAGAGAAGGACAAAGCUCUUGUAGUUAAAGAAGAAGAAGAGGAGGGUGGUUUUACGGUCAAAAAAGAAGAAGAGGCUAUAGAGGUUUUUAUUUUUUCUGACGGAAACUGCAACCAGUGGCCUGUCAGUGGGAAGAGUCCCUCCGUAUCAGAAGAACCUCAACAACAACGACAACAAAAACAGACGCGACCAAAGAAACAGCCAAAACAGACCCAGGAACCCCACCACUCCCCUCUGUACUGUCCCGACUGUGGGAGGAGUUUUGUCAGCCCUGGGAUACUGAACGCGCACCGCAGAAUCCACCAGCCCAGAAUAAUCCACACCACCACCACCACCACCGGUGAGCCGUCUCACUACUGCCAUGACUGCGGAAAGACCUUCGACACCGCCCGCUACCUCAAAAAGCACCUCUUGGUUCACACAGCAGAGAGGACGCACCACUGUUCUCAGUGCGACCGGAGCUUCCUGAGACUCCAGCACCUCAAAGAGCACCAGAGAACCCACAGCGGAGAGAAGCCUCACUACUGCUCCGCGUGUGGGAAGGGCUUCACCAAGGUCCGACUGCUCCGGACACACCAGCGGCUGCAUGCCGUGGAGGGGGCCGAUGUCGUCGGGGAUGGGGCGGAGACGGGGAUGAAGGAAGGUAGUGGGGUGGUGAUGUCAGCGAUGGGGCGGAAGAGAGCGCUGAGAGUUCUGGCCGGAGUGGACUACUACUACUGCUCUGAGUGUGGGAAGAGCUUCUCCAGUGCGGCCUAUCUUAAGGUGCAUCAGAAGGCUCACACAGGAGACAAACCAUACCAGUGUGCUCACUGUAAGAAAUCAUUCAGCACGUCGUGGGGUUUAAAGGUUCACCGGCAGAAUCGCUCUGGAGAGAAGCCCUACCAGUGCGCCGACUGUGGGAAGAGGUUCUCGGACCUGCGCAGCCACAAAGCCCACCGGAGCACCCACACUGGAGAGAAACCAUACACAUGCCCUGUCUGUGGAAAAGGCUUUGCCUGGCUAAAGAGCCUACAGAAACACCAGGCCACACACAGCAGUAGUGAUGGUGGAGUCAUAGAAGUACAUAUAGAAUAAUGUAGGAUAUCCUGGAGGGUUUCACUCCAACCCCAAUCUAGCAGGGUAGUUACAACUACGGGACAGGUGGGUAGCUCUCCAGGAACAGGGUUGGGUUAUAGGAGGGUAGCUCUCCAGGAACAGGGUUAUAGGAGGGUAGCUCUCCAGGAACAGGGUUGGGUUACAGGAGGGUAGCUCUCCAGGAACAGG